UCCACGUGACAAAAAAUGGACGACGAGUUGGAAGAUGAGCUCGCGUACGACAUAUUUUGGGCUCACGUAAAGAUUGUCUCGAAUCUGGCAGGCCAUCUGGGUACUAUGUCAGAAUCCUUUUCUUUUUACGUCUGGUUAUACAUGUUUCGCCCUGGUACGGUCGCUGCUGUCCUUGCCCUGGUAGCUGCAAUCUUGUUGUGUCAGUCCACUGAUAUUUGGUUUCACCUAUUCAUGAAACGUCUGCGAUACGCUUUAAGUCACUACAGUUCCGGUGAGAACAUUAAGCUCCUCGUCAACCCUUCGUCUCCGCAUGACCGCAGAGCGCUGGAGUAUCAAGGCAAAUAUGCCAGCGUAUAUGCCUUGCAAGGUCGGAGACCCAGGAUGGAGGAUCGCUUCAACAUCCUGGAGGAUGAGGAGCAGGAUGUUCAUCUCUACGGUGUCUUCGAUGGACACGGCGGAGAGUUUUCGGCAGAGUACGCGGAGAAGCACCUGUUCUCGAACCUGCUGAAGAAGUUGGUCGCAGCCAAGCAGAAGAUGACCAAGGUGGCGGACGACUCUUCCUCUGACUUGGAGGCAUCUGAUGACAGCCGACAACAAAAUGCCACCAACAACAAUGACACCCUCUUGUCCGAAUUCUCCAAGAUAAUCUCGGAGGAAAUUCUCAGCCUCGAUGCCUCCCUGCUGGACAUUGCGAAAGCAUCUCGAGAUCUCUCGGGGUCAACUGCACUGGUGGCACUCAUCCACGGCAAUGACGUUCUAGUUGCGAAUGUCGGGGACUCUCGAGGUGUGAUGUGCGACAAUAAGGGCAUGGCCAUUCCGCUUUCUUUCGACCAUAAACCACAACAGUUGAAAGAGCACAGGCGAAUAAAAGAAGCCGGCGGCUUCAUAACCUUCAGCGGCGUCUGGCGCGUGGCCGGCGUCCUGGCGACCUCCAGGGCCCUCGGCGACUUCCCCCUCAAGGAACGCCAGCUCCUGGUGGCCCAACCCGACAUCCUUUCGUUCCGCGUCGAGAACGGAACGUCCGGCCUCGUGCUCGCCACGGACGGACUGUGGGACGCGUUGUCCAACGAGGAAGCGGCCGGUUUCGUCUCCAAGCACCUCGACGAGCCGUAUCACGGAGCGCGGAGUUUAGUCCACCGUGCGUACAACGCAGGUUCUCAAGAUAAUAUAUGUGCCCUCGUAGUUGACUUACGGUCGAGGGGAACGUUGAAGAACACAUAAGGUGAGCAGCGUUGUUGUUGCGUUGUCAGGCUCUGUCACGUUUAUGUACGGAAUGGUUGAAAGGAGCAUUCUCGCCGUCCUUGUUCAAGAAGGGUAACGCAGAAAAUGCGUGUAUUUCUACGUUUGCAGGGAAACGGUUGAGUGUUGUGCUAACGAACAUCCUUACACAAGACAACUUUAAUUAAUUUAAUAGAAAAUGCGGGAACUUCGAUGCGGACAGUGCAUGUUUAGAGGGUAUCUGUAGCAGAUCUUUGUGCUUACAGGGGAGCAGUCGAGCAUUGCCAUGGCAAAUGUUUUUGUAGAUGGAAACUGAAUGUAUCUGACAAAAGUCCACACGUUAUAGGGACACUCCGUUGCAAUUGAGCUGCCCUUAACGUGUUGCAUUUUGGAAAAAAGCUAUUUUGUUCUCUGAAUACUCUCAAGUAGUGAUGGGCUACUCUUCUGACCCAACAACGUGAGAACAGAUGUAUUUACUAAGCGCGUAUAGGAGAUGCACAUGUACAGCUCGCGUCAAAGUGAACUUGAACACUGCUACCCUGACCUAAGACCUUAAAGACCUACCCUGCCAGCGCCUAGCAGGAAACCGCGCCCUCGUAACAAUGGCCACCCCUCUAACUGGAAUGAGCUGACCCAUAUGCCCUCCACCGUUAUUUCUUCUAAGCACCAUCAGGGAUCGCAGUCAGGAACGGCCUUCAGGUUAACACUGAUGGGAGCUGUACCUACUCAGAUGCCAGGUGCAAAUGCUGACUCCUAUAAUGAUGUUUGUAAAGGUCUCUCGAUGACUGAAUUGCAAUGUGCUACUUCUCAGAAAUGUUGCUUUUCCAGAAAGUUUUUGUGUUCCGAAUUUUAAUAUGUGGGUGUCCGUAAUGCUGGACAUUUGUGAGCACGAAUUUGUGGACACUAUUACUUUUUGGUGAUUUUGGUGAAGUUUCCCAGGGGGAAAAGUUCCUGUCUGAAAGCUCCCCUCUUUGCUGAAUCGAAAAAGUGUCCAGGUCAAACGAAGGUGAAACCACGUCCUUUACUAACAGGUUUAUUAUAAUAAUAAUAAUAAUAAUAAUAAUAAUAUAUCAAAACGAUUUUGCAUCGUUCUUGCUAGUGAUGCGAUUGCUCUGCCUGGCAGGUGCAGGUGGGUGCUGGGUUGCAGGUGAUUAUGUAGUGGAAUGCCCCUUUAAAUUGAUUCCUAGCAAACUCAAUAUACAUGCUGAGUCAUCAUUUGCACUAUGUAUGAGAAUCAGUUUAAGUUGUGUCGUUUCCAACAGAAAUAAUAUGCGGGCCUUUCUCUGACAACGCCAGCACGACGUAUUUUAACAAAUAUCUGGAUGCAUGCCAACUUACUCUCACGUUUAAUAAUUACCAAAGGCUGCUCUCUGGUUCUAGUCGAAUUUUUAACGCCACCUUUGCUCAGUGCUGCCUCCAGAAAGCAAUUUUUGUUUCUACACAUGUGACGUCUGCAACCACAAUGCAUUCUGCGGGGGGGAAUAGUAACAACCGCUUACUUUGCGGAAAUUAUUCAUUCCUUACACCUAUGUUAAUCGGUAGCCCUAUUGGCUGCCACCUAAUGGGUGACAUUCAAAGAACAAGUAUGUUUUAUUUAUCUUUUCUGACAUUAGAUACUUACCAGAUGUGUAUGCUAGGAAGCGUUGUAGAGUAUUUUUUUGUUUUCUAUACUGCGGGUCACAUAAGAAGAUCAGUAGAUUGGAUUGAAGUCACCCUCGACGCAGUUUGACACGUUUGCAACACCAUAGAAAGCAGUACGUAGGAUGAACAACAGUGUGCGUAUCAGUAAAGCAUGAUGAUGUAGCAAAAAUGACCAUAGCCACUGAUGUUACUUGUCUUUCUGUUGGCACCAUGUGAAAUUACCCACGUGCUACAAUUUCUGUAGCAUUUGAGUUGAAGUCAUAGCUGGUGUGUUGUUGCACGCUGAGUCGCUUUAGGUUUAUGACAUCUAUUUAGUUAUGACUACUUCUGGGGGUCUAUAAUGAAAUCUGUUGACUUUCAAGGGGUGGUCAACUCAUGAGGCAACACACUUUGUGUGUGUGUGUGUGUGUGUGCGCAUGAUGGCUGCGUAAUGUUAUAACAUGUCUAUUUAUUUGUCACGUAUACACUUACUAUAUUUAGGUUCACAUUUUUAUUUAUUACUUUUAUCUAUAGGUAGAGAUAUUGAAUAAAUUAUGGCUGCUAUACGUUUGUGCAUUAGUCCCUCGAAAUAACUUCUCUAUUUGCUGCACUGCGUGUGGAGUCUCUGCUACUCAGCAAGCCGCGUAACUUUUGGGGUCGGGGAUUUGCACCAGAUUUUUAUCUCGGGGGGGUGGGGUGGGGUGGGGGGUUGGAGCCCUGUAGUUGGGUGUGGGUGACAUCUGUGUCAUGUGGCCAGUGCUGUUUAUAUUCGCGGAAUAUAUAUUUCCUUUUGAAAAUUGUGGGCGGUGCUUUAACAUCUCUUGUGUCGGGUGGGUUGAGUGCUGGGAACAGAAUUCCUGUGCAGCACAGAAUAACUACCACAUUCUUGAUGCAUCAACUGAGAGGAAAAUACGCUAGUCAACCGGCUUGAGCCAAGGCCAAAGGAAUUACCAAAAGCUCGGUGCACAAAAAUUUUGCUUUUCCAAAAGUUACCGAACAAAUUAAAAGAAGUGAAACACAUUGCCAAUGACACGUGCCCGCUGUCAAGCUUGUUGUGUAUACAUAUAUAUGUAGUCUCGUUUAUUUUUGCAGCUGUUUUACGGUUUCAAAGCAUAGCAUGCUCACUUUUCUCGUUACGCAUUGAGUAAAUGUGCCUUCGAAGUAUGUCGCGGAGUAGUUAAUCAGUGUAACAGCGAGGUACAGCCAACCAAGACAAGUGGCGGAAUACAACAAUAUGUGGCAGUUGUGCAUCUCAAAGUUUCAUUGUUGAUUUUUGUUGAUUGCAAUCCAAUCGUUUCGGCCCAGAUAUCACAGCCAUGCAUGUUGAGAGAACUGAUUUGGUUUUAUCUCCCAUUGACUAGCAUGGAUCACUUCAGGCCUUCAAAGAUAUGUCCUUCCCUAGAUAAACUCGAGGGGAACGUACCUGUUGCGUGUAGGAAUUUAGCGAGGUUUACAAGAACCCUGCGAACUGUGUCUUGUUGGAUGGACUGGGGUAGGUCACAAGUACUUGAAUAACAAGUCACGUUAUGAUAGAGACUGCGUUGGUCGGAGGUACAACCAUACAGCAACACGGAGGACACAACUGCAAGGCCAUCAAUUAAGGUGGUUAAGGGGGCGUCAAUUAAGGGGGCGUUAGACGCAAAGAAAAUCGGCACUGCGAAUACUCAUUACGCACUGAGAUCAGAGCAGGCUUCCCACCAGUGAGGCAGCAGCAACCAGGUCAUAUACUUUCGAGAACUUAUGAGAAUGACCAGGUGAUCGUGCUGCUCUGACGUCAUCGCUCGGCAUGGAAGUUUGUUCAAUGGUUUCUGCCUCACCAACUAUGACAUGCAGUAAAAAAAAUUUUGUGUGUUCUUAAAGGUACACUAAAGUGCAAAAAUUUCUCCUCGCUGAGUGAAUGAUGCCAUUACCUUGAAACCAACACAAAAGGAACAUGAUCCAUCAGCUGUAGCAUUUAUGAUUCAAGAACAAAAAAAAAAAACGAAAAAAAAAACAAAAACGUUGAUCAAAGGGGAUCUUUUCCACUUUUUUGGUGCCCCUUUAAAUACUGGCUUGCAGUACAAUGUUUGCACGAAACAAUGAACCACAUUUAUCAAAGUGUUGCAUCCCCUGUAACUAACAUCUUUCUUCAGGCAAACACACUGUUCAUAUUGUGGUACUACAUUGAGGUGCUUUAGAAUUAACUCUUGAGUAGUCUUUUGUAUAUCAUUGAUUUUAGAAGAGCUCUAGCGAAUGGCUCCUUGUUCAACGACUACUUCAUGCGCACUUUGGAAGUGAAUAAGUUUUGUGGCCUAAUCCCUGUGUUGUCCAAGUUUUGAUGUUACUAUUUGCACGUGUACUGAGAACGGUGUUUUCUCUAUGUCAUAACGAUGUUUGUAGUAAAGCUCAGUUUACACUGU